AGGCACCCAACGCCGCCCCGCGCACUCACUCAUUCUCGUCCGCCGAUAACGAGAAGCACAACCCCCGACGAUCGGCGCAUCGCCGCGCGCCGAUUCAACCGGCGUGGCGCGGCGCGCGCUCGCGUAAAAAAGGUCCGCGAGGAGAUCGAGAACGCGGGUGAAUGCAUCGUGAUCGUACGAGCGUUAUAUUUGGCGAGCUUUUCUUUCUCUCGGUCUGCGCGUUUCGGUUCUUGUCUUUCGCGGGGGACUCGCGACUCGCCCCGAACUUUAAUGACGACGACAGAAGAAAACGGCGGUAGAGUCGCGCGUCACACAUGAACGCGAGCGGACAGCUUCAUCAUGCUGAGAGAUAAAAGGAUGUCGCCGUGAUGUUACAUCGAAGCGCUUCGUCGCGGCGCCGGCGAGCGUCGCCAAACGUGGCAAACUCGAGCCAGCCGGCAUCUCCGACGAUGCGAGGUCGACGAGCGAGCGUAGCCACUGAAAAACCCCUCAUCUUGCCACCAAGUAGCCCCGGCGGAACGAUGGAAAGGCAACGGUCGCCGAGGGGUAGCGUGGUGCCGAAUAUUGCUCUGGAUACCGAGAGCGACUCCCCCGACGAGGGAGUCUGUCGCAGGAUCUUGCCGGAUCCCGAACAGUAUGGCACCGGCCGCAAUUCCCUGGCACCCGAGGCGAGCCGCAGCCCACGAAACUCUCUGAUACCUGACGAUUACUGCAGAAGCCCGCGGGGCUCCCUAAUACCGGACCCGAACAGGAGCCCACGCAAUAGUCUAGUACCCGACAUGGUACGGUCGCCGCGGAAUAGCCUGACGCCGGAAGUAUCUCACAGUCCGCGUCACUCCCUGGUGCCGGACUCGGCGCUCAGCCCGAGAAAUUCUCUGGUGCCGGACGUGGCCUAUAAUCGGAGUCCACGAAAUAGUAUGGCGGUCGGCGGCUCCAGAAUAUCCCUCUUGCCGGAGAACGGUAACGCGAUCGCGGCCCUCAAUCGUAGCCCCAGACACUCGUUGGUGCCGGACUCGACGAGAAGUCCGCGAGGCAGCAUGGCGAACUUGGACUUCGACCGAAGUCCACGUGGCUCGAUCUGCCCGGACCUGCAUAGGAUACCCAGGGGGAGUAUCACGCCCAUGGAGGUCGUGGACAGGAGUCCACGCGGUUCGAUAGCCUCGGAGUGUCUGAACCAGAGUCCCCGCGGCUCUAUCGCGCCCGAUCCCAACAGAUCGCCCAGAGGAUCGAUAGCGCCGGACCCGAAUCGGUCCCCGCGCGGAUCGAUAUGCCCGCCGGAGAGCAACAGGAGUCCGAGAGGUUCGAUCGUACUGCACGAUCAGACGAAUCGAUCGCCGCGCGGAAGCAUUGGCAUGAACGACGCCGACAGACACUCGAGAGGCUCUCUCGGAGCCAUCAAUGACGACGAGAACAGAAGUCCCAGAGGAAGCAUCGGGCCCGACGGGAUCAAUAGAAGUCCUAGAGGUAGUCUCGGAGGGCAUCAAGACAGAAGGGCGGCGAGGGGCAAUCUGGGCUUGCAAGAUCCUAGAAGAGCUUCCGCGGAUCAGGGGAGCACGAGAAACCGAAGUUCCUCGCCUUAUCGUCAAAGAGAAGUGAGCUCGGGAAGCGUCAGAUCAGGCGGAAGUGGUGGAGCACAGGUCAAUCUGGGAUAUGGAACGAACGCUUGGGCCGAUUCCAGGCGAGCCAGCAGCUCCGUUUCGCAGCUUUCAGGCGAUGAAUCGCGCCGGCUUUGCGCCAGCGGCGCGAAGGCACCUGAAAAGGGUGAUGUGGAGGCUGCGAAUCUCGGUGUGGCGACCUAUGGCUCAGUCGUGUUUCAAUUGAAAGACGCCCACCUCGAGGCGAACGGCAUCUGUGACUUCGUCUUUCGCGCUUUGAGAGUUAUCAGCAAGACGAUGACGUUCACCAUAUGUCUGACCUGUUUGUCCACUGUGCCUAUUUUGAUGUUCAUCUUCGGUGUGCAGUUCAUUAAGGAUUGCCCUAAAGAACCGUAUAUUCCCGUGUACAUGCUGAUCGGGGGAGUUUUGGGCGCUGUGCGUAUGUUCUGGGCGUUGUAUUCGCAGUUACGCUCCCGGAGGCCGGAAGUCUUGUCCGUUCCCGCCGUCAGACCACACGUCUCGCCUAUGAAAUUACUCUCCAUAGCUUUAUCAUGCUUCCUGGUCGCGUGGUUCGUGUUAGGACAUUACUGGAUACUGCAUAUAAUGUGGCCAGAAUACGAACUUUCAUUGUACGCGCCCAAUAGGUGGUGUCACAAGACGCUCUAUAUUUUUUCUUUAGUUCAUCUGUGCGUAGCGUACGCGGUUUUAUUUGUAAUAUUAAUCGUGGCAGUCGGCCUGGCUUUCUGCAGAAUUCUGGAAUGCCCUUUACCAGAAAGAUACAAAUAACCACGGCGAUCCGUUCGCCAGAAUAAAAUCCGUGAGAAGAAGAAAAAGAAGUUGGCGGCCGGUAGCGGGGUUGGUUGGAGUUUAGACAGACGCAUGGUUCUGGAGGAUCUGCAGGAGGAGGAGGACGACGACGACGAUGGUACGCGGAGCGAUGUUGAUCUGAACAAUUGUGGCAAUAAGAUCGUGCAGGAGGUGAAGUAUUGCAGCAAAGUUCAGUUUCGCGCGCCGGAUAUAAUCGAGCUGUGAUGAAUAAACGAUAUCGCGACGGAAGGAACGGGAGAGAUGUCUCGCUACCAGCGGCGGAAGAACUCCGGAGACGGAAUGCCAGGGCAUUGCUGGCGGGAACGACUCGUAAUCUCGAAAACUUCCCCGCGCUAACGAGGUUGCUGCCCGCGAGGGUAGGAUUUGCGAGAUGAAAGGGGACGGUGAAGGGAAACGGAUAACGAGGUCGCGAAAGGAAAACGCCGUCGAAGGUCGACGAGGGUAUAUCGCUUUCGUGAAUAAUCGAGGUCCCGACUCCCAACACGUGCAAGAUUCUGGGAUAGAGUCUUUGCAUUUUCCGCAAAAGGGAUAUCCACAUGACGGAAAUAUAUCAGCGAGAAUCCGGAAUCGAUCGCGAAGGAAUUAUCUCCCGGCGGAUGAAGCGAGCACAAUGGAACGAAAGCGUGUAACCAUGACUCAUUUAUUCCAAUUAAUUCGUAAUAAUAUGAGAGAGAAGUCAGUCCUGUGGUAAUAUUUGAGCAACGUUAAAUGCACGGGGAAAAUGAAUGAUUCCCAGCAACCGCGAUCCUUUCAAGAUGUAAAUUAAAAUGAAAUAUUGGCGUCGAGCUCUUAUUGUUGUUUUCAAUCUCACGAAAAUGCGCAUGGCAGAAAGCUUACAUAAUUUAAUGGUGGAUUCAACCGGAUUCGGUACGCGAUAAAGAAAAUCUGCAGCGGCGAAAGGAAACAGAAUGAAACUUUCAUCGUCGAAAGAAGAUUACCCGAGGAAUGCUUGUAAGAAUGAUAUUGGAUUGGAGCGUGCCUUCGCGCAGAAACAGAGAAUAUUUUCCGAAAGAUUUCGUCCCUAAAGUCGUCGUAAUAUCGAUUUAAGUCGUGUCCUGGCUGCGGUUUGGCGAAGAAAUCGAUACGGAGGCCUCUACACUCGUAUCAAAACAGGGAUCUCCGAUGCGUCGCUCUCGCAAAUAGCACUCGUUUCUCUUUUCGCGCGUCAAUUAAACGCAGAAAUUGAAUUUCGAAGCACGUACAUAACUCGAUUGAAUUAGAAUGGCCAAGCAAUAUGUCUUCUUUUCUCCAGGAAAUAUCUGCCAAGGAAUUCAGCGCCGUUGUAAUAUCGAUUCGAUGUGAACAAUUGUCAGAUCUGUAAUCAUCGAUCUUCCGAUUAUUUUAAUUCACCCAACAACAACCUAUUGAUUUUCUCCCUGAUUUUUAUGUAACUUCCAAGAAAAAUAUACAAAUGAGCUAAAAAAUGUAUUUCUUCUCAUUCCGCUAUAAAUAACUAUGAGAAGUUUGACCACACAGUGAAUAUUUCUAAAUAAAUUUAUUCUGCAAGACUUCUCGACAAUUGGAGAUUUCGAGCUUGAGUUUCGUUAAUUUCCACGUAAAACGCCCACGCGGAAAACGCGACGCGCAACUCGACGAGCCAUGUUUGAAGAUCGUAUACGAAGUUGAGGAAAACUCGCGGAAAUCCUACGACUACAGUUUUACGACGUAAUGCCUCGUUUGAAGUUGUGGCUCACCCAAACGAGAACUUGCGAUUUCGCGGAAUUCCGCGUUAUUACCUUCAAACAUCUGAAGAAGCGAAGAAUCGUACAGAGUGAAAAACCGACACACGGGGGAAGAACGAAACCAGGUAUCGACUUAUCGAGCGGCGGCGGCGGUGGCGACGACGACGACGUGUUUCUGCCGGUCGACACGACGCGCAAAUCUGAUGCUUCAUCGAAUCAAGUCUGGCGAGAAUAGUUACGGCAACCGACUACGGCAACUGAGUUCCUCUGUUCUUCACUUAGUGACGGAAGUGAUAUCGAGAUUAUUUGUUCCUGUCAUUCAACGUUCUCUGUCGUGAAGAUAAUACUCGUGUGAAAUUUCGCGUGCGAAGAAGGAAGCAUGGAAUUUAAUGCUCGUGAGAAUACACAGCCGCAAUUCGUAAACGUAUUAAAGUUUUCGAUCGUUUUACGAUAUCUUCGGAUAAUAUCGAGCGUCGGCCGAAGGUAAGUGGGAUCUGAUUAAAGAUGCUUUGACAUGAAAUAGAAAAUGUAAGUAGGAGGAGACAUGCGAUCUUUUUUACUUCAUUUUUAUCCCUUUCUGAGCCAAAUUAUAAAACCGUCACUUUUUAAAUCAACUUUUUUUUCAAGGAAAUAUAGAUAAUUUAAGUAACAGACGGGUGUUCAAUCUUUGCAUUUUGUAUGAAAAAUUUGUAACGUGACCUCUCACUUCUCUAUUCGUUCAAAUCGCUUCUUGUAGACCUCAUUUCAAAUAGUCUGUCGUAUGUUUAUGACGUGUCGGAAUAAAAAAAAACAGCAUCGUAUCGACUCUUAAAAGAAAGUAAACACGGAGCUGCUAUAGUUGCGUACUAUCGAUUAGUACAUCAAUCUUAAACGCAAUCGACUAAUCAAUACCCUUUGUCAGUGUAACUUUUCGACUAUACAGAAGGCAAUUGUUACAAAUAGAUUUUCACACACAUACUGCACAGAUACACAAAUACUCGCACACGCGUACUACUUUUUUUAUAAAGGUUUGUACUUAGCAUGCUCAGAUCGUUGCCGUUCCCGUUUCACCCUUUGAAUUCUAUAUGGGCUAACAAUGUAAAUAAUAUGAUUCUCGCGUUAUUAUUCGAGGAAUUGCGCAAUUAACGGGAUAGAAAUUAACGAACCAAUUAAUAAUACGCCCAAUAUUCUCGCUGAAACUUUACCUCGGUUCAAUGCUUCAAAUAUACGCUUCUCUCUAGACCCGACAAUUAACCUUUUAUUUGAAAAAGAUUUUUUUUACUAUCCCUCAUAAAAAAAAGAAAGGUGACGAAAGCAUAAGCGUAAAGAUUUAGCGAAAGAGAUCAUACUGGUCAUGCUGAUUUCAUAUAUAGGAAUGAUAGACGAACAGAAUAACAGAAUGAGUCGAGUCAAAGUUGAAAGCUUCUGCUUCAAAUAAGAUGUAAAAACUGAUGGGAUACGAUCAGAAUGCAGAUUAAAUUGAGCGAAAGUAGGUCAGUGAGCGGGUUUCUGAGUAAAAAUGCGAUUCACCCUGCGAUCUCUUUCGUUCGCAGGUACUAUACGCGUGGAAAAUUCCGAUGUUAUAAGAGUUAUUAAUUAUUUAACAAAGUGGUGCGCGUGUAAAAAUACCAAUCGAAUGUAAAUGUUCAUAAAUAUACAGUUAUAUAUUCCAAUCAUAAAGAUAUUUAAAACGCAGAAUGUGUGUCAAUUCUGAGAUUCAAAAUUUCACUCCCAAAAUUACAAAACUUAUCGCAGUAUAUUCGGUGCGCAAAGCACACUGCUUAUCAACUUAUGAUAAAAUGCACAUCUCUAAAUUUGGAAGCUUUAUAAUUAGGCUAAUGGCACAUCUUAUUCUGUCGACACACCGUGUGAUGCGUGUUAUGCACGCGUCUCGAGCAUCCUGCGUAAAGGACUUCGAUCCAGGCGUCGUCCUUUUGCGAUUACGACGCGACCGAUCGCGCCUCACUGCAAAACAUGUCGAAGAAAAAAAUAGACCGAGAGAGAAGAAGGAGAGGAAAGGAACAAUGCGUCAAUUAAAUCAGUACGUCAACAAGCUUCGUUAUUCCGAGCGUUGAACGCAAGGGCGUUCCGCGAGUGCUGAUUUUGCAUUAUACGUAGAUACCGAAAGCAGUGAUUGUAGACAUAUAAAGAUCAGACAUUAAAUAUACUCCUAACGUCAACGAAAAUUUCAUCGCGAACGCGCGAAUGUGCUCAAAUCUAAAUAUCGCGACAGAUGAUGAAACACAUAUUUUUGGAUAUUUGUACGUUCGUUUAGCCGAAUGUUAUCAAUUCUAACGCGAUCUGACUAUAUUUGGCUGGAUAAUUUGUAUAGUUUUUUAUAUAGAAAUAGAGCAACCUUGAUCCAUGAACGUUAAUCCGUAAUUCCAUACACGAGUAUUCGUUCUUUAUGUACCUAUAAUCACUGUACCGGGUCACACAAGUAAAUGCUCUUUAAACAGAUGAAAAAGCAGCAUUUACUCGUAUGACACAUAAAUAUUAUGCGUGUAAAUAUAGAUAUACUCGUACGAGAAUAUAAGAGUAAUUUCUCCGUUAAAAAAAAUCUGACCAAACGCAACGAUAGGCGAUCUAUGAGAAUGAAAAGUGUUUCAAUAACGGCCGUUAAUUUUUGCUUCAGGUACAUCGUUCUUGUGUUUGCAUUUGCGACUGGUUCGAAAACGGGUCCAUACUUUAUUUAAUACUGAAUAAAUACGAAUAAAUAAAUACGGUGAGUGUGUCGUAAUUAAGGCUGUAGCCGAGCUGGUAAGCGUGCACACGAACGUAAAAUAAAUCUCCGCUGGGAACGCGCCUUCCACGAUAUUUCCAUACACAUCGUUUAUUCGUUUACCAUUAUUUCAACGAGUGAAAAUCCCAUUCGAUUUUCCAUCGAACGAAUGCUGGAACACGAGAAUACGCUUUUAUCAUUCCUUAUUUGUCACAUAGAAAAUUACCGAGCAAAGUAGAUUAUAGAAUAAAGACGGUAAUAUGGGAAAUAUCGAAAAUGUAAAAUAAUUAUCCGACUGUUCAUUCUUUAAUGAAACCUAAUUAAGAUUGUAUCACUCAAUAUCGAAAGCAUGGUUCGCUUACUUUGAAAUAUCGUAUGAGUUUGAACACUAUGUUGCCACUAGUUUUCUUUAUGUAAGAAGUAAUUUCGUUUUGAUAAAAAAAACAAUAAAAUAAUGUAUUGUCUUAUCAUAUCAGAUAGCGCAAAGGUUACAAUGGAAUUGUGACAGGUAAUAGUUAAAUUGGGUUUUUGCCUAUAUUGUAAAAAAUACGAUACUAUCGUAGGUGGUUUCGUAAAAACAACGACCAUACGUCACAGUCGAACGUGACAGCUACGGAUAUAAAUCAUAUGAUGACCAGAGAGACACGUGCCCAUAUAUAUGAAACUCACGUGUGACUGAGGAAAUUCUGGACAAGUUUGAACAUGUGAAUAUUUGAAUGUAAAAGUGACCCAAUUCCGAAUAUGAAUAUAUGAAUAUGAUCAUAUUGUGUUGAACUCACUAAGUUUUUCUACGACGAUUGACACUCUCUAAAUCUGAAUCAGUGAUUAGUCAUAAUAAAAAAAACAUAUGUAUAAUUUCGAUUUAAUACCGAAAUAAUAUUAAAGAUUAUUCUUUUUCUUUUUUUUUCUUCAGAUUUCUGAGAUAUCUAUUAUUGCGAAUCGUAUUUUCACCAUGCGUUUAUGGCAAACGUGCCCGCACUGUUCGCAAUAUUACAUAUCCGGAGUUUAUGGCAUUACGUUUCACGUAUUAAACAAAAGCUCUGAAUGGGGAAACCAUGUUGAAUGCAAAAUAUGCGGUAGAGAUGCGGAGAUCCGUCUUAGCUCAUUGAAUUACGAGCUAACUUGCUGCGUACUGACCGAUAGUGAAUUGCACAUCGAUUUUCGUUGGCGAAAAUUCGGCGGUUGUUCCCGGCUUUACGAUAUCUACGCCGCGGCAAACGGAGUCGUAGAAAAAGGGAGAAGACUAAAAGAUAUGAAUCGCGGAGCAGAACGCUAUUAUACAACACCACAAACCGCUGCAUUUUAUGUUAUCCUGAUAUCCCGAGAGAAUCAAUUAGAAAAUGAGGAAAUUCAUUAAAAAAUGAAAAUUUUAUUAAUAAUUAUAAAAUAUAUAUCAAGCUUUAAUUUAAACAACAAAUAAGUGAUAAUUAUUUUUUUUGUGCAAGAUAUAUUCAAAAAUGUGAACCAUGCGUCGAUUAAUGUGAUCAGCAAUCUAAAGUUUCUUUCAUGUAUUUUGCAUAAAAUAAUAAACAAUACAUUAAAUAAUAUAUGAUACGUUACGAUACGGUAUUAAGAUUGAAAUAAAAUUCAUUUAUCGAUCAUUUACGUUAUUAUUCGUUUCCAUAUUCAUAUGUGUGUGUGUAGUGCAACCCAAUAAGCGUUCUUAGCUAACAAAUGUACAAAUGUCAACGAAUGUGAAAGUCUGUAAAUUAGAAAAAAAAAAACUACAACGAGGAAGAGAGAAAGAGAGAAAGAGUGUGUAUUGUGAGAAUACCUUUGACCCGUCCACGAUCUGUUCUUGAUUGCUUAAUCGUGAUUAAUUGCGAUUUAGGGCUGUCUACAAAGAUAAUCGAUCAGUACAGUGUGUCUUGUAUAUAGCGUGUAUCAUAUGUGAGCCACUGUGGUGUCGAUUAACUAUCUGGGUUACCAUCAACGCCGUUCACGUCCGGUAUCAUUGAUGCAUGUGCGUGCCUGCAAUGUCUGCAUGCGUGCGUGCGUGAACACGAGUGAUAAUGUCGAUAAUGAUAACGCUAGAAUGGAAGACACUUUGAUUUUUAGAGCUAUCUCUUGAUUAUGUUAUCGGAGAUAUAUUAAAAGAUAUAACAAUUGUUUCAUGCAUUAUCAAUAUUUCGCCAAAAAUUCGCAUAUGGGACGGUUUAUAUCGUUCUUAAAUGCCAUUAGAAAGAUUUGGCUACCAUUCUAGUGUUAACAACUCGCCGAAAAUACGACGGAAAAAUCGCCGUUUAUUCCCGACUAGAAUAAUUAGCGUAUUAAUCGAUUAAUCACGCUUAAUGAAAGACAGUGACCUGUCGUUCAUUCCAUUGGUACUAUACAUUCGUACAGCGUGUUAUGUGUUUUUUGUCCUCGCGUAGGAACAAACCUGUUACGAUGCCUAAGCUGAUUAAUUAUAUAAUGUACGAGAUGCGUAGAAUAUAUAUCUAUACAUAACGAUAUAUCGAACGAUAGAUGAUAUUUUGUCGUGAUAUGCGCGAAUGCGGCGUAACUUUAUACUCGAGGACGAUUCGGCAGCGGGACUUGGUGAUAAUCGCGUGUAACACAUUCGUAUAUCGAGUGAAUUUGGAAUAUCAUCGAGAUAAGGUCCAAAUAUCGAUCUGAGAUCACAGUCCUCGCUCCGACUUCGGCCCCCACUUAGGCAUAAUAUCGUCGAGAUUAGCAAUUAUGUUACUAGACGUACUGCGUUGAAAUGUCGUUGAAUUUCCUAGAAUAGAGAGUAGAGUUUAUUUAUUUUUAUACUGGACGCCCUUUCCAGGUACAGCAGGGUCCGUUGUACUUGAUUGGGCACGUGGGAUAUCCGUUAUCAAUAUGCGCGACAUUUUUCGGUUAAUUCGAAAUGUAUGCGCGCGCGGUUCAUCAAUUCUCUCCCGCUGAUUUUCCACGGAUAAUUGCAGACCCGUUUCGACGCUGAUUACCGUUAAAAACGCACGCGCGCCGCGCCGUUCGACUGUUGGUACUCGGAGGCGCGAAACGAAUAAGCGGUAAACGCGCGGAAACGGUAAACGAUAAACGGUAUUAGCGUUAACAAUGCGAAUGGUCGAAACCCGAUACGCGAUUAAUGGUACUUUAUAUCCACUACAAAAUGUAUAAUCCGCCGAACGACCGUGUUAUCGGUGUGGUAUCGGUAUUCGAUUCGAAGACAUUUGUUCCCCCGAAUCACACUCGGGCGUCGACUUGUCACGGGUGGAAUUUUGCCGGACACUGCGUUAUGUGUUUUAGCGAUACGUACGUGUUUUUAGCUAUUAGGAUUAUUUGCACGCGCCAAGUCGCGAAUUGUGGUCCAGGCUUUAACGUAGAAUUUACAUGCAGCGUCACGCAGAUCGGUUCUCGUCCGCCGCGACGGCAGCGAGACGAGACGUCUCGUGCAAAACAUCGAUCGUAAUUUUCUACAUCAUUUUCGCUCUUACGAAUAACUUAUGGUUGGUCACUUUGGUCCAAUUUCGUAGUUAUAUCUAGAGUCCUCUCUCAGCCUCUUACGAGCCUCGCGUGCGCGACAGUGGCGUAAGUCAGGAACAUAAAUCGCGCAAAUGAGUUCGCGGAACUUAGGGAAAUUUCUAUGAAAAAUUAAUGUGUUACACUGUAUCGAAUUAUAUAUUAAAGGGCAGUACUAAUAAAACGUACCGUUAGUGGUCAUUGAAAAUUUACGAUUUACCUUUAGAGGAAGCAUAUAUUAUUUUUAAUAAUUCACAAGAGCUGUUAAAUAUAUGUUUUC